AUGGGCUUCCAGAAGUUCUCCCCCUUCCUGGCUCUCAGCAUCUUGGUCCUGUACCAAGCAGGCAGCCUCCAUGCAGUGCCACACAGAUCCAACCUGGUGAGCAGCCCAGACCUGGCUACACUCAGUGAGGAGGAAGCACGCCUCCUACUGGCUGCACUGGUGCAGGACUAUGUGCAGAGGAAGGCGAGUGAGCUGGAACAGGAGCUGGAGACAGAGGGCUCCAGCCUGGACAGCCCCAGAUCUAAGCGGUGCGGUAAUCUGAGUACUUGCAUGCUGGGCAUGUACACGCAGGACUUCAACAAGUUUCACACGUUCCCCCAAACCUCAAUUGGGGUUGGAGCACCUGGCAAGAAAAGGGAUAUGGCCAGCAACUUGGAGAGAGACCACCACCCUUACAUGGGCAUGCCCCAGGGUGCCAACUAAACGCCUUCCUUUCCUUUCUAAUUUCCUUUCUUGCUUCUUUCCUAUAACUUGAUGCAUGUGGUUCCUCUCUGGUUGCUCUUCAGUCUG